AAGAAACAAAUAACAGCACGGCAGCGACGGCAGCGACACCGCCGUACGCUUAAACUGUCAUUCCUACCGUCGCGACUCCUGCACUUCAGCUCGAACUUGAAGCCGUGCCUCCUUAAGGCUUCACAUUGAUUCAACGUGCUGCUAUCGUUACUUUAAAAAGAAACAAAAAUGGGGGAUUUAUCUCGAAAAAUCGAUGUCGGCGAGCUAAUUUCCUACAGCGACGACCUCAUCGCUGUUUUAAAGGAGGAAAGGGACAUUAACAAUUUAACACAAAGUCUCCAUCAGUUUAACUCUCUUCGAUCCUCAUCCGACGUCGAAUUCGACAACUCCCGAAAUGCUCUAGAAGAUUAUGAUAAGAAGAUUGAAGAAUGUAAUCAGAAAACAGAAAAGGCCAAACUCGAAGUUUCUUCGGAUGAAGAGUUGGGGCUUCUUCACAAGGAAUUAGAAGUGGAGCAUGAAAAAGAGCGUUUAUUGAUGGAGGAGCUGAGAUAAGUUAUAUCUAGUUCGUUUUAAUUUUUUAGUUAUUGUGAUUUUUAUUUGUUAUGUUUUUCUGAGUUUAUUGAUUGGAUAUCUGUGUAUGUGAACACGGUUCUUAACGAUGAGACAACUGAUCUUGAACGCCAAAGGAGUUUUGUUAAAGAACAAAGGGAAAUUGUGAAGAAACUUGAGCAAGAAGAUCUUAAGGCACGGUUAAAGCUUUCAAUGUAUGCUUGUGUCACUAAUCUUCUUCCAAUCUUGGACGAUCCCGCCAAAAUCGCAGGCCGCAUUGUAGAUAGAGAUAAAAAGGUGGUCGAGACAUUUAAAAUUGACCCGUCAAACGCAGCUUCUUUUGAUACAUGCCAGAGCAUUUGGAAGAUGAUAAAUGUAGAUAGAGGCUGACAUUUCCCCAUUCAGAUAUAAUAUGUGUUUGUUAAUUUGUCUGCUGUUUGUGACAAUUUUGCAAUACACCUCAAUAUAAUUAUUUAUGUAUGAAAUGCUGGUGAUGGUAGUGUGCAGGUUAUGUUGUUGAGGUCUCGUUUGCUCAUGCGAGAUGCUUUUGUGAAAUAUAGUUGGAUCCCAUUUUUGUUUUUA